GUGCCGUCCUUUCCCGGCCUGCCCCGCGCCUCCGCUCUCGGAAGUGGCGUCGCCUGCCUAGAAGCGGAGGGCGGUGCGGGGUCCUCGCGCUGGCCGGUGGGUCCCCGGGGAGCAGGGGCCGGGCCCCGCCGGGCUGCCGCCAUGGCCGGGAGUCGGGACAUGUUCGACUCCAUCGUGAUGGCGGAUGAGAGGUUCCACGGGGACGGCUUUCGGGAAGGCUACGAGGAGGGCAGCAGCCUGGGCCUCACCGAGGGAAGAAGGCACGGCGCGCUGCACGGGGCCAAGGUCGGAUCCGAGGUGAGUGGACUGGUCUCCGGAGACGCCGGGCCUGGGCCUGCCUUGCUUUACAGCAAGAAGCGGAGGGUCCUGGAGUCCCUGAUCGGGAUGAUUCAGAAGUUCCCUUACGAUGACCCGACUUACGAGAAACUCCACGAAGACUUAGACCAGAUCAGGGGGAAGUUUAAGCAGCUCUGCUCUUUGCUGAACGUCCAGCCGGACUUUAAAGUCUGCACGGGAGGCUCCGGGCUUUCAUUCUGAGGGCGGCAGAUGUCCGAGUGGCUGCACCUCCAGCUGCCCACAGCGGCCGAGGCGGCCCUCACUGCUCCCCGGGGAGCGUCCAGGUGGCGGCGACGGCCGCGUCCACUCCGGCCGGGGUCCCCUGGCCCCUCCCCGCCCGGUCCUGCUGAGGAGGCCUGCGGCGGGCAGCAGGAGCUGGUCGAGGGGCGCAUGGGUCCGCUCUGGCUUUAAGGCCCCAGAUGUCUGGAAACGGGGCUCCGAGCCCGGCCGCUGGCCCUGGCGCCAUGCCAGGAAGAGGGUCCUGUUGGGGCACACUUGGCGGCUCCUCAGUGCGGGGCCGCCCACUCUUCCCAUCCUGGGGGCUCCCUGGCGGGUCCGUCAGCUGCGAGCCUCGGCGGGGGUCUGUGCUGGUUUUCUCCGGUGGGUUUUGUAUGUCCCGAGUCCCCUGCUGUGAUGACGUGCUGUUUUUGACGAGGGUAAAUAAACGAGCAUCUUUCAAA